UUGCCAAGGCUCGGCGUCUUAGAAAAGUCUCGAAAAUCUCAAGCGACGGAGUCUGUGAGAUCCUGCUGCGCUUAGAGUUAACUUUCCGAUCACCUCAUGCUCGUUGUUGGUUGCCGCUUUUAGGUCGAUCAUCGAGCCGAUAUCAUCAUACGCGCUUCCUUGAGCGCUCACUGGAAGAAUGUCCGACGAUCUGCGACUCCGCGCACUCUAGCCGACACCAUCGUACGCGUUAGGGUUUCAGGGGGAGCGGAAAAGCGGAGGGUUACAAAGCUGAGGCGCAUUGGCUGGCGGAAGCAAGUAAGAUGCUUCGCUAAUCCCGAGCUGCGAGGCGAAAGGGGAGGGUUACACUGCUGGGUAGUAACGGUGGAGGAGAGGGGUCCGCUGGGUAAUAACGCGUAUAGCGUCGCCUUUCCCUUAUCGCGUUUCCCUUAUCGUGCGCUCAGCCCGCCGCUGAUGGCGCUCCGUCAGCCGUUAGGAGCCUCCUCCGGCGACCUAAUGCGCGAGGACGCGCUAACGUGCUCCGAGCACAUCCGGCUAGUAACGCGUAUAGCCGCCGUGUACGGCGCGUUCGCCGCGCUUCCGCUGUGCGGGAUGCACUACGGCCCGCGCGUCACGCGGCCGCGCCUGAUGCGGUGGAGCCUGGCGGGUGCGGCGGUGGCUUCGGGAUGCGCGCUCGUGCAAGCGGUGCUGUGGGAACCCGCCUGCGAGCCGCAGAACGUAGCAGCGUACGAUAGGCGAUAGCAGCAAGCAUCAUCAUGGUCCAGCGCACUAUGCGGCCAAGGCUCAGCGGCGGGUGCCGCGGUGGCUGCAGGGAGUGCGCUUGUGCAAGCGGUGCUGGGAACCGCGUGCGAGGGCAGAACGUAGCAGCAUAUGAUAGCCGAUAGUCGACAGCAGCACUAUGGCCCCCCGCACUACGCGGGGAAGACUGGCGCGGUGGCUGUGGGGAGUGCAUCGGUGUGUGCAAUCGGUGCUGUGGGAACCCGCCUGCGAGCCACAGAACGUAUCAGCUUAUGAGAGCCGCUAGCAGCGCUAAGCAUCAAGUGGUAGUGAGGGUUUAUAGGUAGGUCUCUGUCUCUUACCGUAUCUGCUUGCAGUGACGCCAACAGCAGUCAUGCGGGCUUAGUUUGUUCCUUCUUAUGGCUGCCAGUUUUGUCCGUUGAUUCCUCGUGUCAAUAUGAA